CAACAUGGCCGCGGUCACAGCUCCCUCUGCUCAACCUGGUUGCGGAGCUUCGAACCCGGCGCCUGCGCACACGUCCCCCGCCCCCCUCCCUGGGCGCCAGCUCAGCCCCACCCUUUGUGCAAGCCCCGCCCCACCCGGAGGCGGAGUGACGUUUGCAGCGUCAUCUUGUUUUCCCGGAGAGCCCAGACGCUUCGGCAAUCGGCUCCAUUUUGUUGUUGGACCUUGUCGCAGCCAGCUGGGUGUUUUCCGUUGUCGCGUUGCAAGCAUUGUCUCCUGAGGCUUGGACUUUUUGGCCUGGACGAUGAGACACGCAAAGAGAGCUUAUUGUCCUGAUUGGGAUGAAAAAGAUUGGGAUUAUGAAAGAUGGAAGAGCAGCAGCAGUAGUCAUAAAAGAAGAAAGAGAUCACAUAGCAGUGCCCGGGAGAACAAGCGCUGCAGAUAUAAUCACUCUAAAACAUCUGAUAGCUAUUACUUGGAAAGCAGAUCUAUAAAUGAGAAAGAUUACCAUAGUCGACGCUACAUUGAUGAAUACAGAAAUGACUACAAUCAAGGAUGUGAACCUGGACAUCGCCAUAGAGAUUAUGAAAGCAGAUAUCAGAACCAUAGUAGCAAGUCCUCUGGUAGAAGUGGAAGAAGUAGUUAUAAAAGCAAAUACAGAAUUCACCACAGUACUUCACAUCAUCGUUCACAUGGGAUGAAAUUGUUGAUACUUUAGGUGAAGGAGCUUUUGGAAAAGUCGUGGAAUGCAUUGAUCAUAAAGCGGGAGGUAGACAUGUAGCAGUAAAAAUAGUUAAAAAUGUGGAUAGAUACUGUGAAGCUGCUCGAUCAGAAAUACAAGUUCUGGAACACUUAAAUACAACAGACCCUAGCAGUACAUUCCGCUGUGUUCAGAUGUUGGAGUGGUUUGAGCAUCAUGGUCACAUUUGCAUUGUGUUUGAAUUACUAGGACUUAGUACAUAUGACUUUAUUAAGGAAAAUGGUUUUCUGCCAUUUCGACUGGAUCAUAUCAGGAAGAUGGCAUAUCAGAUAUGCAAGUCUGUGAAUUUUCUGCACAGCAAUAAGUUGACUCACACAGACUUAAAGCCCGAAAACAUCUUAUUUGUACAGUCUGACUACACAGAAGUUUAUAAUCCCAAAAUGAAACGUGAUGAACGUACCUUAAUUAAUCCAGAUAUUAAAGUUGUAGACUUUGGAAGUGCAACAUAUGAUGAUGAACAUCAUAGUACAUUGGUAUCUACAAGACAUUACAGGGCACCUGAAGUUAUUUUAGCCCUCGGAUGGUCCCAGCCAUGUGAUGUCUGGAGUAUAGGAUGUAUUCUUAUUGAAUAUUACCUUGGGUUUACUGUAUUUCCAACACAUGAUAGUAAGGAACACUUGGCAAUGAUGGAAAGGAUUCUUGGACCUUUACCAAAACAUAUGGUACAGAAAACAAGGAAACGUAAAUAUUUCCAUCAUGAUCGAUUAGACUGGGAUGAACACAGCUCUGCUGGCAGAUAUGUUUCAAGGCGCUGUAAACCUCUGAAGGAAUUUAUGCUUUCUCAGGAUGCUGAACAUGAGCUUCUCUUUGACCUCAUUCAGAAAAUGUUGGAGUAUGAUCCAGCUAAAAGGAUUACUCUUAAAGAAGCCUUAAAGCAUCCUUUCUUUUACCCCUUGAAAAAACUAUAAAUCUGUAAUUGUACAGCUCUCUUAAAUCAUAUGGACUGCAUCAGUCUAAUUUUUAAAUGUUAAGUUAUUUUGUACAGCUUUUGUAAAUUUCUUACAUUUUUUGUAUUGUGUUUAUUUUGUUUGGAUAACUCAAUUUAAGUAGCUAAAGUAAGGAACAUUUUAUCAGUGAUUACUGUAUAAAGUUUAUUCAGAAUAAAUUUUUUGUGUUUAUGAAAUUUA